ACCCGCUGCAUCCACCACUGAUGAGCAGCCCUGCUACAAAGCAUGUCAGGUGUAAGAGUGAGAAUUUGCUUCAUCAAUUAAGGGCCACAGCCACUCACCGAGGACAGAUCAUCUUCAAGGACGCCCUGGCCCAGCAGCUGUGUGAACAGGGAGCUCCCACAGAGUCUCCUCUGAGGCCCAGUCUAGCUGAAAUCCAUGGAAAUCACGUCAUCCUCCGUGACGAUUUUGACUCCAACCAGCAGGGGGAGCUGGAUCUUAGCAUCUGGUCUGAGUGUAAGAGCUGCGAGGUGGGGGAGCAGUGUGGAGUCCUUAUGCACGGCAGAGCACUGACGUUCUGCGAGCCCUUCGGGCAGAGAGAGCUAACUUCUGUCCCCCUGAACACCAGCACAGCCACAGUCCUGCAGUUCGCUUUGGGCUCCGGCUCCUGUCGCUUCAGUUACUCCGACCCCAGCAUCGUAGUGUCUUACAGCCUCAACAGCUCUGAUGACUGGAUACCCCUGGAGAGGAUCAGGGCUCCCUCAAACAGCAGCACAGUGGUCCACAUCCUGGCCCUCCCGCCCCGGUCCCGGGGGGAGGGGGCGCGGGUGCGCUGGGCCCAGGAGCCCGUCUCGGGGCCGGAGGGCUACGAGUCAUGCUGGAGCAUCGACAAUGUGCUGCUGGUCAACACAGCUCACCGGCCCCCCCUGCUGGAGGACAGCUUGGACCCCCCCGACACUGCUAACUGGCUCUUCUUCCCUGGAGCCACUGUCAAGCAUGCCUGCCAGUCGGAGGGCAAUGCUCUGUACUUCCAUGGAGCAGAAGGCACCGGGAUCAGCUUCGCCUCAACCCGGGACAUCGACCUGCACCGCCAGGAGGGACAGAGCUACUGGGAGGAGGAGUUUGAGAGCCUGCCCACGGGCUGGGAUAUCCGGGGCGCUGUGCUGGGGACGCAGUGUGGGGAUGUGGAGUCGGGCUCCGCGCUGGUGUUCCUGCGGGACGGAGAGAGAAAGGUGUGCACUCCCUACCUGGACACCACUGCUUACGGCAACCUGCGCUUCCACUACACCAUGGGUGGGGGGCUUUGUGACCCUGGCGAGUCCCAUGAGAAUGAUGUCAUCCUGUAUGGCCGGGCUGAGGGAAGCCCCUUUGUGGUGUCAGUGGCUCUUCCGCCAGAUCUGCAGACUCCCACCACUCAGUUCUGUCUGGAGCAGCACUCUCACGCCGGCUCCGGCCGCCAUGUCUGGGCCCUGGACUUCCUGCAGCUGCUCCCUGUGCUCCCCGGCGCACAGACUCACGUGGCCCAGUUCUCCAUCAACCUGGGCUGCGGCUCUUACCAGCCCGCCAACAGCGUCAAUCUGGAGUUCUCCACCAAUCACGGGCGCUCGUGGUCGCUCCUGCACACCGAGUGCCUGCCGGAGCUGUGCGCUGGGCCUCACCUGCCUCACAGCACGGUCUACUCCUCCGACAACUACAGCGGGUGGAGCAGGAUAACAAUCCCCCUGCCCAAUGCCGCCCUGACGGAGAGCACGCGGUUCCGCUGGAGGCAGACGGGGACAGGGCCAGGAAACAUGUGGGCCGUCGAUAAUGUCUACAUUGGACCAUCCUGCCUGCGCUUCUGCUCUGGCAGGGGACAGUGCACGAGGAACGGCUGCAAGUGUGACCCGGGAUUUUCCGGGCCGGCAUGUGAGCUGGCUUCCCAGACAUUCCCGGCGUUCCUGUCUGAGGGGUUUUCCAGUGCGAGGCUCUCCUCCUACCACAGCUUCCAGUCUCUGCGGGGGGCUGAGGUCAGCUUUGCCUGUGGUGUUCUGGCCAGCGGCAAGGCCCUCGUGUUCAACCGGGACAGUCGGAGACACCUGGUCACCACACCCCUUGACAGCUCCCAGGCCAGGUAUCUGCAGUUCACUCUGCGGCUGGGCAGUCGCAGUACGCUGAGCUCCUGCAGUGCUCCUGACCAGCCCGGGGAGGGCGUCCUGCUACACUAUUCCUCCGACAAUGGCAUCACCUGGACCCUCCUGGAGCACUAUCCCUACCAAGGCUUCCAUGAGCCCAGGAUUGUGUCUGUAGAGUUGCCUCAGGGUGCCCGGACGUUUGGAGUGCAGUUCCGGUGGUGGCAGCCGUACCACUCUGGAAGAGGCCAGGACGUGUGGGCACUGGAUGAGAUCACCAUGACUUCCGUCCUCUUCAACAGCAUCAGCCUCGACUUCAGCAAUGUGCUGGAGGUCACUCAGAGCCUGGGCUUCUACCUGGGACAUGUGCAGCCCUACUGUCAGCACGACUGGACACUGAGUUUCACAGGCGAGUCCAGCCCUGGCUCCAGUAUCCGCUAUGUGGAGACCCAGUCCAUGCAGAUAGGGGCGUCCUACAUGCUUCAGUUUGCCUUGGUGCUGGGCUGCGGGCGUGAGGCUUCACCACAUAUCGACACACAAGUCAGCCUGGAGUUCUCCACCAACCACGGCUUGACCUGGCACCUGGUGCAAGAGGCCUGUCUGCCCGGGAUGCCCAGCUGUGUGGAGUUUACUGCCCCCAGCGUGUAUCACCCCUCCGAGUUCUCACAGUGGCGAAGGGUCACUCUGCCCCUCCCUCAGAAGACCUGGUCCAGCGCCACGCGCUUCCGCUGGAUCCAGAGCUACUACGGCGCCCCCGACGAGUGGGCACUGGACGACAUCUACAUCGGCCAGCAGUGCCCGAGCAUGUGCCAGGGCCACGGCUGGUGCAACCACGGCACCUGCAGGUGUGAUGAAGGCUUCUCGGGGCCAGACUGCCAGCCCAGCACACACCUCCCCUCCAGCGUGAUGUCAGACUUUGAGUCCCAAAGUUCUCUGCACAGCGCCUGGAAGGAAGUGAUCGGCGGACAGGUGGUGACCCCAGAGCAGGGCUGUGGGGUCGUCUCUGCUGGGUCUUCACUCUACUUCAGCAAGGCAGGGCGCAGGCAGCUGGUUAGCUGGGACCUGGACACGGAGUGGGUGGAGUUUGUGCAGUUCUACCUCCGCGUGGGCGGGGACUGGGCGGAGUGUAACCAUGCCGACAGCCGAGAGGAGGGUGUGCUCCUGCAGUACAGCAACAACGGGGGCAUCAGCUGGGGGCUCAUUGCAGAAAUGUACUUCACUGACUUCACCAAGCCACGGUUUGUUCACUAUGAGAUACCCAGCUCUGCCAAGACACCUUGCACCCGGUUCCGCUGGUGGCAGCCGCUGCACUCAGGGGAGGGGUACGACCAGUGGGCCAUUGACGACAUCAUCAUCCUCUCUGAGAGAGAGAAACACAUUAUACCCAUUGCAAACCCCACUCUCCCCCAGAAUUUCUACGAAAAGCCAGCGUUUGACUACCCUCUAAACCAGCUGAGUGUGUGGCUGAUGCUGGGCAAUGAGGGGAUGGAGAAGAACGAGAGUUUCUGUGCACCCACGCCCUCUGCCAUGGUGUUCGGGCGCUCAGAGGGCGACCGCAUGGCAGUAACCCGGGACCUUGCCCUGCGCCCAGGAUACACCCUGCAGUUCAAGCUGAAUAUCGGCUGUGAGUCCCAGUUCAGCGCCUCGGCUCCAGUGCUGCUGCAGUUCUCCCAGGACGCAGGGCGCAGCUGGGCUCUGGUCCGGGAGGGGUGCUACCCAGCCUCUCCAGGAGGGGGCACCUGCCAGGGCAGCAGGCGUGAACUUCGUGAGCCGACCGUCUACAGCGCUGGGGACUAUGAGCACUGGACCAGGGUCACUGUGGUGAUACCACGCACUGUGGCUGCCAGCAAGACGCGCUUCCGCUGGUUCCAGGAGAGCAGUGUGCACCGGGACGCCCCUCCCUUUGCCCUGGAUGGGGUCUACAUCUCCGAGCCCUGUCCCAACCACUGCGGGGGGCAUGGCGACUGCAUCUCGGGGGUCUGCUUCUGCGACAUGGGCUACACAGUGGAAGAGGGAACAUGUGUACCCACACAGCCCAGCCCAACUGAGAUGUGGGAGGGGUUCGAAGGCAAACUCAGCCCACUGUGGCAGGGCCAGACCGGGGGGCAGGUCGGCAUGGGCUGUGGGACCAUCAGCGAGGGAAAGGCGCUAUAUUUCAAUGGCCCAGGAAGGAGGGAGGCCAGGACUGUCCCCCUGGAUACCACGCACACCAGGCUGCUCCAGUUCUUCAUCCGGAUUGGGAGUAAGGCUCUGGGCUCCUCCUGCAGUAGGCCUCGCUCCCGGGAUGAAGGGUGGGCUCUGGACAAUGUGCUCCUUUCCCCAGGCUGCCCCUGGCUGUGUUCCGGUCAUGGCUUCUGUGACAAUGGCCAUUGCGUGUGUGACCGCGGCUUUGGGGGUCCUCACUGUGUCCCUGUGACGCCCAUGCCAUCCGUGUUGCGGGAAGACUUCAAUGAAAACCUGCGCCCCGAGCGGUGGCCUGAGGUGUACGGGGCCGAGAGGGGGACUCUUAACGGGGAGACCCUGAAGUCUGGCACUGCGCUCAUCUUCAAGGGGGAGGGCUUGCGGAUGCUGGUGUCGCGUGACCUGGACUGCAGCGGCACCCUGUACAUCCAGUUCUCCUUCAAGUUCAUCACCAAGGGGGUCCCGGAGCGCUCCCACUCGGUGCUGCUGCAGUACUCGGUGAACGGCGGCAUCAGCUGGCUGCUCCUGGACGAGUUCUACUUCCCCCAGUCCACCGACACGCUGUUCCUGCACCUGCCGCUGCCGGCCAGCGCCCAGAGCAACGCCACCCGCUUCCGCUUCUGGCAGCCCUACAGCAACGGUAAGAAGGAGGAGGUGUGGGUGAUCGAUGACCUCAUCAUUGAUGGCGGAGCCCUGCGCACCCUCCAACUCCUAUCAGACAGUUUCGAGGGGGGGCCCCGUGAAGACAGCUGGCUCUUCUACCCGGGGGGCAACAUCGGGCUCUACUGUCCCUACCUGAAGGGGGCGCUGGAGGACGAGUCGGCCAUGGUGUUUGUGUCCAGCGAGGCGGGAGAGCACUCCAUCACCACCCAGGAGAUUGACGUCAAUGAAAACACCAUUGUCCAGUUCGAGAUCAACGUGGGCUGCACCUCGGACAGCUCGGCCGCUCACCCCGCCCGGCUGGAGUUCUCCAGGGAUUUCGGGGCAACCUGGCACCUCCUGGUGCCGCUGUGCCAGGGGGGUCCUCAGCUCAGCUCGCUGUGCUCCACCGAGAUGCACCCGGCCAGCGUCUACUACCCAGGCACCACGCAGGGCUGGCGCCGGGAGGUCAUCCACUUCGGGAAGCUGCGGCUGUGCGGGUCGGUCCGGUUCCGGUGGUACCAGGGCUUUUACUCCAGUGGUACCCCUCCCCCAACGUGGGCACUGGACAAUGUGUACAUCGGGCCGCAGUGCCUGGACAUGUGCAAUGGACACGGGGCCUGCGUGGGCGGCACCCACUGCGUCUGCGAUCCGGGCUACUCGGGACCGGCCUGCGGCACCAGGGACAACCCCAACCCUGACUUCCUCAAGGAGGACUUCGAAGGAGGAUCCAUUGACCCCAAGCGCUUCCUGCUGGUGAGCGGGGGCAAGCCGUCCAGGAAGUGCAGCAUCCUGUCCAGCGGCAACAACCUGUUCUUCAGCGAGGAGGGAUUCCGCAUGCUGGUCACCACCGACCUGGACCUCUCCAACGCCAGGUUCGUGCAGUUCUUCCUGCGGCUGGGCUGUGGGAAGUCCCCCCCAGACCCCCGCUCCCAGCCCGUGCUGCUGCAGUUCUCGGUGGACGGGGGGCUGUCCUGGACACUGCUGCAGGAGUUCCUGUUCAGCAACAGCAGCAACCAGGGCCGUCUGGUAGCCCUGGAGCUCCCCCUGCGUGCCCGCACCCCUGCCACCCGCCUGCGCUGGUGGCAGCCCUCCGACAACGGGCAUUUCUACAGCCCCUGGGUCAUGGACCAGGUGGUGGUGGGCGGCAGUGCCAGCGGCUGGGGCCCGCUGGAGGAUGAUUUCUCCACCCUGGAUGGCCGCUCCUGGCUGCUGCACCCCGGCGGGACCCACAUGCCCGUCUGCGGCUCAGACGGCGACGCCUUCGCCUUCAUCGAGAAGGCCAGCACGCGCUACGCCGUGAGCACGGACAUCAGCCUGGGGCAGAGCUCCUUCAUGCAGUUCGACUUCUCGGCCUCCUGCUCCGUCACCAACUCCUGCUACGCCAUCGAGCUGGAGUUCUCCCUGGAUCUGGGCAUGUCCUGGCAGCCCCUGCUGAGAGACUGCCUGCCCACCAGCCUGGACUGCUCCAGCUACAGCCUGCAGAGGGUGCUGGUGUCCGACACCUACAACAAGUGGGGGCGCGUCACCCUGCCCAUUCCCCCCUACGCCAGGUCGCCUGCCACCCGGUUUCGCUGGUACCAGCCAGCGCCCUUUGACAAACAGCAGACCUGGGCUCUGGACAACCUGUACAUUGGCGAUGGCUGCCCAGACAUGUGCAGCGGGCAUGGGCGCUGCCAGCAGGACAGCUGCCUGUGUGACCCGGACUGGGGGGGAGAGGACUGCGAUGAGCCCCAGGUCACCCUCCCCUCCCAGCUGAAGGACAGUUUUGGUCGGCCCCCCUCGCCGGCCAACUGGCUGCUGCUGACCGGGGGCAAGCUGAGCACCGUGUGUGGGGCGGUGGCGUCGGGGGCAGCGCUACACUUCAGUGGGGGCUGCAGUCGCCAGCUGGUCACGGUGGACCUGAACCUGACCAGUGCCGAGUUUAUCCAGUUUUACUUCAUGUACGGCUGCAUGAUCCCGCCUAGCAGCCGGAACCAGGGAGUGCUGCUGGACUUCAGCGUGAACGGGGGGAUCAGCUGGAUUCUGCUCACUGAGAUCUUCUAUGAUCAGUACAGCAAGCCGGGGUUUGUGAAUGUGCUGCUGCCCCCUGCUGCCCGGGCAGAGGGGGUCCGGGUGCGAUGGUGGCAGCCACAGCACGAGGGGGCAGAGCAGAGCGACUGGGCGCUGGACAAUGUGCUGAUUGGCGGCUCGGACCCCCACUCCUCCAUCCUGGAUACCUUCGGGGGUUCGCUGCUGCCCAAUCACGAGAGAGCCCCCGCUGACGGCGUGCCCACUGGCCGCAUCGCCCUGGAGCCACACCCAGAGGACAUUGGCACAGUGAGCGAGCACUGGAUGUUCCACGAGGACUGCGCGGUGCAGCGCUUCUGCCGCGCCCCGGACGGCGUGAUGGUGUGCGGCGGCGCGGACGGGAGGGAGGUGUACGCCGUCACGCAUGACAUCGUCCCGGCUCGCGGCUGGAUCAUGCAGUUCAAGAUUGCCGUGGGCUGCGGGGCGCCGGAGAAGCAGACGGCGAGGCAGGUGCACGUCCAGUACUCGGUAGACUUCGGCGUGUCGUGGCGCUACCUGGUGCCGCAGUGCCUGCCCGCCGAGCCGCGCUGCGCCGGCCAGGUCUCCCAGCCCUCUGUCUUCUUCCCCGCCGCCGGCUGGAAGCGCGUCGUCUUCCCCCUGCCUGACGCCCUGACCGACACGCCAGUGCGGUUCCGCUUCUACCAGCAGCACUCGGACGCUCAGUGGGCUAUCGACAACUUCUACAUCGGGCCGCCCUGUCCGGACCACUGCGGGGGCCACGGCGACUGUCUGCAGCAGCGCUGCCUCUGCGACCCGGGCUUCUCCGGACCCAACUGCUACCUCAGCGCCUCUCUCCGAGUACGGCCCGGGCCCAGAGUCUCUCUCUCAGCCGCUCUCUCCACCUCGAGUGGACAGCUUUCUCACAGUGCCGUAGAAAAAGAUAGAAGCCUGGAUGGGAAGUUUGUCGAAUACUGGGCAAGGAUUGGCAGCGAGGACAACCUGACCACUUGUCACCGGCCAUCCUGCCGCAGGGAAGGAGUGCUGCUGGACUACUCCACCGAUGGAGGUGUGUCUUGGACGCUCCUUCACGAGAUGGACUACCUGAAGUAUAUCUCUGUGCGGAGGGAUUACAUCGUGCUGCCACUGGGGGCGCUCACUAACGCCACGCGCUUGCGCUGGUGGCAGCCCUUCGCCAUGGAAACCGGCCUGGCCACACCCAGCCUGGAGCGUGCUCAGUGGGCCAUCGACAAUAUCUUGAUCGGCGGCUCUGACAUCAAUCCCAGCAGCCUGCUGGACACCUUUGAUGACGAGGGGGCGUCCCACGAGGAGAGCUGGAGUUUCUACCCCAAUGCCGUGCGGACCGCUGGUUUCUGUGGCAACCCCUCCUUCCACCUGUACUGGCCCAACAAAAAGCAGGACGGAACACGGAACAUCCUGGCCACCAGAGAGCUGAUUGUCCAGCCUGGCUACAUCGUGCAGUUCAAGGUCAGAGCCCGCCCACAAGCAGGGAGAGUUGCUCCAAUGUCAAAUGUUUCCCUCUCUGUCCCCCCCCCCCCAGGAGACGACUGCUCCCUCUCCAGCGCUGACCUGCCCAGCUACAUCAAGGACAACUUCGAGUCGGAGGCGGUGACAGCUCAGAACUGGCAGCUGAUCCAGGGUGGGGGCACUGGCAGUGGCUGUGGCCAGCUGGCACCCCAUGCCCAUGGAAACUCUCUCUACUUCAAUGGCUGCAAGAUGAGGCAGGCAGUCACCAAAAUCCUGGACCUCACCAGAGCCAGUAAAAUCAUGUUCGUGCUGCAGAUCGGCAGCGUGUCCCAGACAGAGAGCUGCAACACCGCCCUGACACAGCCCAACACUGUGGAUCGUGCCGUACUGCUGCAGUACAGCAUCAACAGUGGCAUCACCUGGCAUGUCAUCGCCCAGCACCAGCCCAAGGACUUCAUCCAGGCUCAGAGAGUCUCCUACAACAUCCCGCUCGAGGCGCGGGUGAAAGGGGUGGAGCUGCGAUGGUGGCAGCCUCGUCACGACGGCGCAGGCCAUGACCAGUGGGCGCUGGAUCACGUGGAGGUCGUCCUGUGAGUAUCUCUAAUUGGCCUCCCAAACCCCCCCAGUGCAGCUGGCCAUCUGUUUCACCACCCUUCUAACUCCCAGGCCAGCACCUGCAUAUUUCCCGGAUUAUGAAUUCCCAGCUCCAAGUCCCAUUCCCUUUUAACGAAUCUGAGAGGCACAGGUUAAGGAAGGAUCUCGUCUCCUGCCCCAGCCUUGGCUCAGACUCAGGUUCAGACAGAGUUACCUUAGCAAGAAAUGAAACCUUCAGCGAGCGGCAGGACUGUGUAGUGCCCAGUUGUAGUGACCUCGCAGGAGCAGGCGCUGAUGUAUAGCUCAUCUCGCAAACCAAGCCAACCACAGGUAGGGGAAUUCAGGCUCAGCUAUUUCAGUUACUGCUGUAGCACCUUCAGCAGUUCUUGUCAGGGUUGUGGCCCAGGGUCUCAGGCAAAAGCAGAUGCACUGUGUCUGUCCCCAUUCUGCUCUGACACUUCAUCAAGGUGGCGGUGUCCAGGAGAGUGCACUCUUGCCAGUUCUGUGCUCUCAGUUCAAUAGUUCCCCUUUCCCCCCCUUAAUGGGUAGGUCCACAGUUUUGGCCACCAUCAGCUGGCCCUGUCUAUCUCUCUACCUGUCUGACUGCACCCACAUCAGCUGUGGACAGGAAAUCCUCUGUCCAUCUUGGUAUUUGUGGACAGAUGGACCCUACGGUUUAGCCUCUGUCCUCCUGCCUUUCUUCAAGUGGGCAGUCAGACACUGUCCAUGGGCACACAAAUUCCUGUUUGUGUUUGUCUCUGCCUCCUUUCUCUCUCUGUCUCUUUCUCGCUCUCUGUUUCUUUGGCCUGGUAUAUGCAGAAAGAUCGUGGCCCUGGCCUUAUCCGUCUGUUCCUAUGACUGUGAGAUAGUAUCUGCACACUUCGUACCUCUCUUCUGCUUAUGGUCUACAGCUAGCUGUCUGUCCUGUCUGUCUGUCUCCUCAAGAUGAUAUACAGACAACCCAAGGGUUAAUGUCACUGUGUCAGACAGAGAGAAUAUACACCAGUAUGUCUCUCUGGAUGGUAUGUCAGUCUAUAUGAAGAAUACACUUAGUAUCUUACUGUCUGUCUGGUGGGGCGCCUGUCUGUAUCAAGGCAAUCCUUGUAUUUUGGUGAAUAUGCCUGGGUGCUGUAUGUAGGUAGUCUGUCUGUUACAAGGCCAUUAGUGUUGGCAGUGGUGAAGGAGUGUCUGGCAGUGUGUGGUGAUGACACAGAGUAAACACUGACCUCAGAACACCCCUUGUUGAACUCUGAGCCCUGCUGUUAUUAACUGCAUUGUAGCCUGCCCAGAGACAGAUACACAGGCAUGGAGAUCCCCACAAACAUGUAUAAACUCUCUCAUACCUAUAUGGGUCUCUUACCUGCAGCACUAUUGGUGAUGAUUUAGCCAUUUGUUAUAGUGCUCUGCCCUGGACAGAUACAGUAGACAGACUGAUACUGUGUAUCAGCAAUGAUAAACCCUGGUCUUCAGGUUUCAUAGAGGUUUGGAAAAUGGGACCUGGAGAUGAAGACCAAUUAAGGCAAUAACCUUAGUCAGAAAACUAAACAAGAAGCUCCUGUGUAUUUUUAGGGCAGAUGUCAUCCCCCAUGUGCUCAGACAGACAGCAUUGAGGGAGACACAUGAAUAGACAGACUGGUAGACACAGAGCUGAUCUCAGAGUUCUCUCACUGCUGGGCUGUGCUGAUGCCUCUAUUGGCCAUUCUGCCCUUCUCAUCUCCACUGGGCCACCCAGAACACUGCCAGCGCAGACAGCCCUGGGCAUGGUGUUUGUGACGGACUGGACCAGUCAUUCUUACACAGCUCUCUGUCCUCUCCCUUUCUCCUCCUCUCCCUGCCUUUCCCUCUGGACUCUCCACUUGCUCUU